AUGGAGGCCCCUGCCCCUACAGAGCAGUUCACCAAAAUCAAAGAGCUGGCGUUGAUUCCUGUAAAGGACUUGGAGGAGAAGGAGGGGGAUGCGGUGUGCAGAGUGAAGGGGCGCUCGGGACCCGGUGCGGUGGAGGGCCAGGCUCCGCCAGGGGCCCUGCAGCUCUGGAACCCCGAGGCAGAGCUCGGGCUGAUGGUGGCCUCCUUGGAGGAGACGGAGGAGAGCGAGAAGCACGUCCUGACGCUGGAGACGCUGCACCUCCCCCCCGACGUCGAGGCGCUGCUGAUGCCCGAGGUGGGCUGGCUGACCGCGCAGCCUCAGGAGGAGGUGCAGGUGGUGGUGCCGCCGCAGUUGUGGGUGCAGCCCACGCUGGGCGAGGAGCCCCCGCGGAGUGUGCACCAGUGUGUCACCAUCAGGUUCCAGGACGAGUUGUAUUCGCUGCAGGGUAUAGAGUUGGUGGAGCUCCAGGUGGUGGAGGAGAGCGAGGUGGCGGCCAGUGAGGACAGCAGGCGCUCCGUGAGCCUUGCAGCCAGCACCGAGUCGGUAAAGCCGGAGAAAAGUGAGGAGGAGGCCCAGCUGCUGGUGGAAGGAGCAGGCCAGCAGCUCUUUCUGCUGGAGGCGACCCAGGGGGAAGAAGGGAAGGAUGAGAUCGUGUUGAAGAUUUCCAGCUUACACGUGGAAGAGCAGGAAGCCAGACCUUCGUCCAGUGAAGCCAGGGUGGAAAAAACCAACUCUGCCAAACCUCCGAGAAAGACAAAGGGAGUGAAACGGACCUUCCACUGUAACGUCUGCAAGUUCACCUCUUCUAGAACCUCCAGUUUCAAUCGCCACAUGAAAAUCCACACCAACGAGAAGCCUCACAUGUGCCACCUGUGUCUGAAAGCGUUCCGGACCGUUACCCUGCUGCGGAACCACAUCCACACCCACACAGGAACCAGACCAUAUAAGUGUGGUGACUGUGACAUGGCGUUUGUCACCAGUGGAGAGCUCGUCCGGCACAGGCGUUACAAACACACCCAUGAGAAGCCCUUCAAGUGCUCCCUGUGCAAGUAUGCCAGCGUGGAAGCAAGUAAGCUGAAACGCCACGUCCGCUCCCACACGGGGGAGCGCCCCUUCCAGUGUCACCUGUGCAGCUACGCCAGCAAAGACACCUACAAACUGAAGCGUCACAUGAGAACACACUCCGGCGAGAAGCCCUACGAGUGCAAGGUCUGCCACGCACGGUUCACCCAGAGCGGCACCAUGAAGAUACACGUCCUGCAGAAGCACAGCGAGAAUGUCCCCAAAUACCAGUGUCCCCACUGUGCCACCACCAUCGCGAGGAAGAGCGACCUGAGUGUCCAUGUGCGUAACCUGCAUACGUACAAAGCUACUGAGAUGAGGUGCCACUACUGCCCGGAUGUCUUCCACGAACGCUAUGCCUUUAUCCAGCACCAGAAGAUUCAUAAGGACGAGAAGAGAUUCCGGUGUGAGCACUGCAGUUACGCCUGCAAGCAGGAGCGUCACAUGACAGCACAUAUGCGGACCCACACUGGAGAGAAGCCGUAUUCCUGCCCGUCCUGCAAUAAAUGUUUCCGGCAGAAGCAACUUGUGAACGCUCACUUCAAGAAAUACCACGAUUCCAGCUUCACCCCGACUGUUCACGAAUGCCCCAAAUGUGGCAGAGGCUUUUCCCGCUGGAAUAACAUGAGCAGACACUUGGAGAAGUGUAACUCAGGGCAGAAGAAGUCCGCAGCCUCCGGAAAAGGGGCAACGACGAGAAAGAGAAAGCAGACGGGCCUGAGAGAGGCAGAGAAGGAAGCAGAUGGGCGCUGGCCCUUGCUGUUCCUUCAAGAGAUGCCGGUGAAAGGAAUGUCGCCCAGUGAGCGUGAAUUUCAGAUGAACAGGAGGAGGGAGUGGCCAUUAGGCCACACCCACAACCUCAUCAGCACCUCCCCCAUGACCACACCCACCCCACCCCAUGCCCACACCGAAACCUGCAGCCACACCCGUGCCCAUGCCUACACCUGUGCCCGCGCCCACAGCCGUGCCUGCACCCUGGCCUCGGUCACUACGUGUGGACACGUCUCUGAUGCAGGACUCCAUCCCCACUGGCCCCUGCAGGCUGGGGAGACGUACAGGUCCCUCUCCACUCCUGCCACCGCCCUCAUCCAGGACAAGGCCUCACAUGAAGUGCCCCUCAACCAGAGCGAUUGUGCACUAUCCAGAGACGCCCGAGUUGUCACAGCUUCAGAGGUGCAGUGCUCCUGGCAUCUCGUAGGGGCGGCCAGGAAUGUGGUUCAACGCCCUACCGCAUCCCGGACAGCCCUCCCCACAGACCCAGGGCCCGACAUCAGCAGUGCCGACAUGGAGAGCCCUGACAAACCAGCAGGUGCCGCGCAGGAGGUGGCGCAGAUGUCCGCGGAGAGAGGCCAGGCGUGCCCAGGCGAGCUCAGCCCGGUGGACGCCGGAGUCGGAGGAGACCUCAGCGCGGCCCUGACCUGUGAGAUGAUCCUCAGCCUGAUGGACAAGUGA